GACGCUUCCUCAACAACAAAACGGCUGAUUCAACCACAUCGGUAGCUUGCAUGCUAACAUAAAACCGAAACAUUGAAGCUCUGUAGAUCAUUGUGUUUGUAUUAACUUCAGUGUUUUAAACAUACUGUCUGCGUCUUUACUAGUUACUACAUUUAAUAUGUACGUUGUUAGUCAGCUAGCUGACUGGUUAAAUUAGCCUAGCACUAGGCUAGUCGCGAAUGCUAACUAGCUAGUGAACAUCACCGGCCAUGAGUUCACUAAGCUACUCCCCUCCUGUUAAAGAAGAGGAGAUCUGCUGGACGGAGAAAGAAUAUCUCGUGAAAGAGGAGGAGGAAGAGGAGGCUGUCACAGUAAAACAAGAAGUAGAGGGUGAGGCUGUUACAGUGAAAGAAGAAGAAGCUUUCGGAGUGAAACAGGAGGAAGAUAAACAAGAGAAUGUCGUUUUUGUUGAGGAGGAGGAGAAUAUGACUGUAUUAGUAAAAGAAAUGGAACAAGUUUUUGGAGUGGAGGAGGGGGAGAUUACUGUCACAUUGGAUGAGGAGGAGGAGGAGGAGGAAGAAGAAGAAGAAGAGGAGGAAGAAGAGAAUGAUGGAGAUCUGAUUAACACCAGAGAGAGACAAGACUCAGAGGAACCAGAGCCAGAGACGUCCAAACCAGCAAGACGACACCAAUGCUCCCAGUGUGAAAAGAGUUUUACGAAGUUAGGGAGCUUGAAAAUACACAAUAGAAUACACACAGGAGAGAAGCCCUACCAAUGCUCCCAGUGUGGAAAGCAGUUCACCCAGUUAGGGACCCUAAAAUUACAUAAUAGAAUACACACAGGUGAGAAGCCUUACCAAUGCUCCCAGUGUGGAAAGAGAUGUUCACAGUUAAGUUCCCUGAAAUCACAUGAGAGAAUACACACAGGAGAUAAGCCUCACAAAUGCUCCCAAUGUGGCAAUACUUUUAAGCGGUUAAGUAAUCUGAAAGAUCAUGAAAGAGUACACACUGGGAAAAAGCCUUACCACUGUUUCCAUUGUGAAGAGAGUUUUAGCUGGUCAAGGCAACUGAAAGCGCAUGAGAGAACACACACUGGAGAGAAACCUUACCACCACUGCUCUCAGUGUGGGAAGAGUUUUACCCAGUUAUGGAACCUGAAAGCACAUGAGAGAAUGCAUACAGGAAAUAAGUCUCACAAAUGCGCUCAUUGUGGAAAAACUUUUAACCGGUUAUAUAACCUGAAAGUACAUAAGAGAAUACACACAGGGGAAAAGCCUUAUCACUGCUCCCACUGUGGUAAGAGUUUUAUCCUAUCACGGGCCCUGACAAAGCAUAAGAGAACACACACGGGAGAAAAGCCUUACCAUUGCUCCCAGUGUGGAAAGAAUUUCACUGACUCAAGUAACUUGAAAAAACAUGAGCUAACACACUCUGUAAAGAAGCGUUUCCAGUGUUCUCAUUGUGGAAGGAGUUUUAAGAAGUUAGGGAAACUGAAGCAGCAUGAAAAUACACACUAGGGAGCAGCCUUUUUGAACUGCUGCCUCUGUGGAAUGACAUGUACCUGGUUAAAGCAACUGAAAUUACAUGAAAGAAUCCACACCGGAGAGAAACCUUACCUCAUGGUCCUAACUGGAAGCAUUGGUAACACACACAGGGGAGUUUUCCUACCAUUGCUCCAAGUGUGGAGAGAGAUAUUUCACAUAAACUUACAAUUUAUGAGUUGACACACAGUGCUCCCACAUGUCUCACAUUUUUGACUGAAAGUUGGUGCUUUGUGGUUUUGUUUAUGCCCUGAUUGCCAUAUGAAAAUCCGAUUGGAGAAAGCCUACUCAGAAAAAAAAAAAAAUGUAAUCCCAAGAUAUGAAUUGAAUAUGGAGUAUGUCCGUUUCUAUGUAGAUUCAGUGUACAAACUGUGAUUAAAUUGGUUUUUACUCUGUC